CAAACCUCCCCUGAAAAGUGAAAACGAACUGACAUUAAAUAGCCUCCUUAUGAAAAUGAACGAAUUUGAAGGCUUCGAGUUUGAGACCUUCGACGAAGAUAGUAAACACGGGCCACCCUUUAUUUUCUUGUGUGCAAGUAUUUACAAAUAGUUUGAGCAUGACGACGGAUCAUUGACGACGGCAAGAACGGGCCAAAAAUUGUUCACGGUGUACAUACAUAUGUACAUUUAUUAACGCAAGCAUAUAUAACUACAGGUUGUUUCAUGCGACUUGUUUUAUGCACUUCACGAUUGUCUCUGUAAUAUAGUCCGCAUUUGAUGGUCAGACAUAUACGAUACAUAGCAAUUUGCUAAGAUAAAUCUACAUAUUUGGUUAACGGCAUUUCGUAUUCAUACUUGAUCUGAUAGUGGUUUUAGUGGUGCAAGUGCGAGGCACAUUCAGGUGACUGCGCUACAAAGAUGUCGAACGUGAGGCUCAAUUCAUCCUUUCGUGGUCGACCACAGUCAAUACAACCGACUAGAAGUCAGCCAAGGAUGCUGCGUUCGUCUUCAACUAUGAAUAGUCAGGUAGAAUUCGGCGACAUGGGUAGGCAGGACAUAAAUAAUGGCCCCCAAAUGGAGUAUGAUGAAACUACUAUGGGUGAACACCAGAGUUUCGGUGGGAGAGAUGAAGAUAUGCAGUCGAUGGCGGCUUUUAGUGCAAACGAAUCGAUAUUACCAAACACGCAAAUGAUGAUGAUGCAGCCACCAAGGAUACCUGGUCAAUACAUAUCGCACCAAGGCGGUCGUCUCAGACCUACACUUACGGACAAAACCGCACGCGAUGAUUGUUUUAUCAAAUUCUUUUUAUCAACCCGUCAGUUCAUAGAAACCCUAGGUGUUAUUAUCUCGUUCGCUGUUAGUAUAUUUAUUGACCUCGGGAAUGUAUAUGCACAGAAGAAAGAGACUGAGAAUGUAUUUGAUCCCGCGGAGGACAACGACAACCCCUACCUGAUAUACGCUGUUAUAGCUAAUGUGUAUGGUAUCUUCCUGCUUUUGGUAUCAGCGUUAGUGGGGAAAAUGUUUGGAAAUACUUUGGCCAAGAAACAUUACUGCGUGGCGGUUAUGUAUUUUAUUAUCACAGCCCUAUAUCUUGCCAUUGUAGUUGUACAAGCUGCCACCGCAGUGAUAUUUUUCCUUGAUGUAGUCAAGCCAUACAUGGAUAAGCUCGAUCUCAUGAACAGCGGCAGUGAGGAUACUAUGCUGGGUAACGCGACAGAUGUGAACAAUACAUUUUUGGAGUCAAAUAGCACUUCACUGUAAGUGUAUCAACCGUUCAUUUAAAAAAUAGCAUGUUAGUACAUAUGCAACGUGUUAGUCUGAAUACAAAAUAUCACACGUCGAAUAGCAUGCAAGUAUGUAUGCAACGUGUCAGUCUGAAUAAAAAAAUUACACGUUAAAUAGCAUAUAAGUACAUAUGCAACGUGUUAGUUUGAAUAAAAAUU